AUGCAUAUUUUUGACUUUAAUUCCGCAAUUCUCUUGCCAGAGUUAUGCUCUGUUAACCUCAAAGGCAAAACAACUCAACCCGUAGAGUACUACUUGCAGGGUUUCUACAUACCAGCACUGAAACGUGCAGGCCGACAUGUAUUGUACUCGCUUCCGGAUUUUGAUGCUUCUCAAGAACAGGUCUCCCUUGACUACUCGGUAGUCGGUUCACGCGACCCUAUUGCUAAAGAAAUAUUUGGCGUGGAUGUUGACGAUGUCAACAACCGCUUCCGUGACUUGUGGGAGAAGGUAGUAGAGUUUCUACGAAAGCAUGGAUCUUCCUCCGAGGAUGGACGUGAAAACAACUUUUUUGCCAGGACUCGUGUCUCAUCGAAAUUAGAUGGAGAAGAUGUUGAGAUAGAGCUGAACUUCGAUGCAGGGAAUGUCCAAAAUUUAUGCGCUCGAGAAGUUAUACUUUGUCUCAACAUCCAGGGACUUCGCGUCUAUUCUACAUCAACGGGCGUUAAAAAGGCAGAUAUACAGGACUGUAAAGUCGCUUUCAUUGUUGAUCUAGUUGAAGAAUUGGAUGAUCACGUCCAUAUUGAUGUUGCUACUGCAAGGAUCUCAGAAGUUCGCACGACGUUUGAUAAGCGCUACAACGUAGUGCUAGACAAGAUCAAAGACAGGGUUAAGAAGUGUUAA